UAAUUUUUCAGUUGUCGUGUUUACGUCUCUUCAGAGGCUCUGUCACUUAUGUUGCCUUUGGCCAUAGAAAACGUGUAACCGUUAGCUGUCGAGCCCACUGGGCCACUCACCCCGUACCAUUGUGAUAUAGUUUCUCAAGAUGAUGUAGGUAAAACUGAACUUCGCGUAAUCUACGGUGUCAGCCCGUCUUGAAACCCUUGAUGCCGUGCGGAUGGCCGUGGAGCUGCAGGCGACGGACUCGGUCAUUGACUUUACCAUCAAGAUAUUGCUUCUGGGUGACUCUGGGGUGGGUAAGACCAGCUUGCUCACUCGGUUCGCUCACGACAGCUUCGACGAAAAGGUGGCUUCCACCAUCGGCGUCGAUUUCGCGGUGAAGAAGCUCUCUGUGUACGACAAGCGCGUGAAGCUGACUGUUUGGGACACUGCUGGCCAGGAGAAGUUCCGCACCCUCACCAGCACCUUUUACCGGGGCGCGAAGGGGAUCAUACUGGUGUACGACGUGUCGCGACCCGACACGUUACGACACCUGGAGGAGCAAUGGAUGCGAGAGCUGGAGCUGUACGGCACUGAGGCGGAUGCCGUACGCAUGGUGGUUGCUAACAAGGUUGACGUGGGCGACGCGCGGCGGGUGUCCUGGCACGAGGGCUCUGACUUUGCUCGGCGACACGGGUGUUUGUUUGUGGAGACAUCCGCAAAGACCAACAUCGCGGUGGCCAACGCGUUUGAGGAGCUGGUGCUCAAGAUCCUCGAAACGCCAUCACUCCUGGAGGAUGCUGGCGCGCAUUCCGGAACUGUACGGCUAGACAGCUUACAAAGUGGGUACGGCGUGUACGACUACUGCUACUGCUGA